CAGUCAUAUAACCUAGGCUGCUCCAGCCAGCCUUUGCCCACUGGACUGGCUGGUCCGGAGCGUGCCAAAGUGCCGGCAGGCUCUCAAAAAUGAGCACUUUCUUCUCUGAGACAGCAGCCAUGGGGCUCUGCCUGGCUGUCACGGCAGUGGUGGGAGGGACAAUUCUUUGCAAAGUCCAGAGUCGCCCGGGGCAGCAGGGGAGAAAGGUGGUCUGCCUGGCCGGUCUCUGGGGAGGUGCUUGCCUGCUCAGCCUCUCCCUCUUUUGGGGUUUCGUCCUCUGCUCCUUAUCGUGUCUCCUCACCUACAAUUACUUCUCUAGCCAAGCGCUGUUACCUGUGGAGCAGAAGGCUGUCCUGGUCACAGGUGGUGAUACUGGCAUUGGCCAUGCUCUGUGCAAGUACUUGGACCAGCUGGGUUUCGAGGUGUUCGCUGGGGUCCUGGACGAAAGAGGGUCAGGGGCAGAGGAGCUACGGAGGACGUGCUCAUCCCGCCUCUGUGUGCUGCAGCUUGACAUCACCAUCCCGGAGCAGAUCAGGGAUGCUUACAGCAAAGUUGUGUCCAAAGUGCAGAACAGGGGUCUGUGGGCCCUGGUCAACAAUGCAGGGAUCAUUGGUUUUCCCGCCGAUGGUGAGCUCAUUCCCAUGACCGAAUAUAAGCGCUGCAUGGCCGUGAACUUCUUUGGGGCAGUGGAAGUCACCAAGGCAUUUCUGCCGCUUCUCAGGAAAUCCAAGGGCAGGCUGGUGAACAUCAGCAGCAUGGCAGGUGGGGUCCCAAUGGAGAGGCUGGCAGCCUAUGCCUCAUCCAAGGCAGCUCUGACCAUGUUCUCAGCAGUCAUGAGACAAGAACUUUCCAUGUGGGGCGUCAAAGUUUCUAUCGUUCAACCUGGAGGCUUCAAAACGAAUAUCUCGGGCACCAGUGACAUGUGGGACAAGCUGGAGAGAAACAUCCUGGAGCACGUAUCCCCCGAGGUGCAGGAGGACUACGGCCCUGAGUACAUCGGGAAGCUGCGCAACUACUUGCGCUUCAUCCAACUGCGAAGCAGCCCUGACUUCUCCCCGGUCCUCCUGGACGUGCAGCACGCCAUCUUGGCCCAGGCGCCCGCUGCCUUCUACUCGCCAGGCAGAGGGUCUUUUCUGUUCCUCUGCUUUGCCUCCGUGAGCCCCACAGGUCUCUUUGAUUAUUGUAUCAAAAAAUUGUCCCGGUCUAUCAAGAUCACGCCCAAGGCACUGCUUGCGCCCAGCUGGAAGAACAGCGCCAUGUAG